AGCGUGAAGUGAGCUUACUUCGCACUCGUUUAGUGGAUGCUCAAGAGUUGCAGAGGCCUCUCCUUCCAAAAUAAAAAAAAUUCGAAGCUGCUAACUCCAAUCCCAUUUUAGCAAGCCCUAAAAAACUAGAAGGUCACCCUAGAAAUCUUGAUCAAGCAUUUUUAUGCAAUUUUCUUCUUUGAAAUCCUGUGCUUUCUUCUUGUUUUUUUUUUCUGCCAAAUUUGAUAAGAGCUCGGAGUUUGAAUGGCUCUUCAAUCGUCUUUUUCCUCUCCUCGACUGGUUCCAGAGAGGUUAGCCUCUUAUUCUGGUAACAACUGUGCCAUUUUUGGGAGUAGAGUGCUUCUUCUCGGGAACCACUUGGGCUUGAGCUGUGACUCUAAUAAGAGGAUUCGAGGAGUGAGACGAAGAAAUGGAGUUAAAUGGACACAAAAAUCGAGACGCUUGCAUUCUAAUUGGUCUGGUAUCUAUGCUGUUCUUGAUAUAGAAUCUGAAGCCAGAGCUUCCAAGGUAUCUGAUCGUAAGGUGAAGCAGGAUAACUCAAAGGUGGUCAAUUUAGAACAAAUUCUAUCUGAACGGGGUGCUUGUGGGGUAGGAUUUAUUGCCAACUUGAAGCAGCAAUCAUCUCAUGAGAUUAUUAAGGAUGCUCUCACAGCCCUUGGUUGCAUGGAACAUCGUGGAGGCUGUGGAGCAGAUAAUGACUCAGGUGAUGGUGCUGGAGUUAUGACGUCCAUCCCUUGGGAUCUAUAUGAUGUUUGGGCUGGCAAACAGGGUAUUGCCCCUUUAGAUAGAUUGCAUACUGGAGUGGGAAUGGUUUUUCUUCCGAAGGAUGAAAGUGCGACGAAUGAAGCCAAGACAGCUGUCAUGAACACUUUCAAGAAAGAAGGGCUUGAGGUACUUGGAUGGAGAACGGUGCCAGUCAACAUGGAUAUUGUUGGUUACUAUGCAAAGCUAUCCAUGCCUAACAUUCAACAAGUGUUUGUGAAAAUUCCAAAAGAGGAGAAUGUUGAUGAUAUUGAAAGGGAAUUGUACAUUUGUCGCAAAUUGAUUGAAACUGCUGUGAAAUCAGAAACCUGGGGUGAUGAGAUUUAUUUCUGCUCUUUGUCUAAUCAAACAGUUGUUUACAAAGGAAUGCUCCGGUCAGAAGUUUUGGGGCAGUUUUAUUUGGAUCUACAGAGUGAUAUGUACAAAUCACCAUUUGCUAUCUACCAUAGGAGAUACAGUACAAAUACUAACCCAAGAUGGCCUCUAGCUCAACCAAUGAGGUUUCUGGGCCACAAUGGAGAGAUCAAUACAAUACAGGGGAACUUGAAUUGGAUGCAAUCUCGUGAGACAUCUAUUUCUUCUCCUGUUUGGCGUGGUCGUGAAAAUGAAAUUCGUCCCUAUGGCAACCCAAAAGCUUCAGAUUCAGCAAAUCUUGAUAGUGUCGCUGAAUUGUUAAUAAGAAGUGGUCGUAGUCCCGAGGAGGCUCUUAUGCUUCUAGUCCCAGAGGCAUAUAAGAAUCAUCCAACAUUGAUGAUUAAAUAUCCAGAGGUGGUUGACUUCUAUGAUUACUACAAAGGGCAGAUGGAGGCAUGGGAUGGACCUGCAUUACUUUUGUUUAGUGAUGGAAAGACAGUGGGAGCUUGCCUUGAUCGCAAUGGCCUUCGCCCGGCUCGGUAUUGGCGGACAGCAGACAACGUUGUCUAUGUAGCAUCUGAGGUGGGAGUACUGCCAGUUGAUGACUCUAAGGUCAUAAUGAAAGGUCGUCUAGGACCUGGAAUGAUGAUUACUGCUGAUCUACUGAGUGGUGAGGUAUAUGAAAAUACUGCAGUGAAAAAGCAGGUGGCCUUGGCCAACCCAUAUGGAAAGUGGUUAAAAGAAAAUAUGAGAACCUUGAAACCUGUGAAUUUCCUAUCCUCAGCACUUUUGGACAAUGAAACAAUUCUGAGACGUCAACAGGCUUAUGGUUACUCCCUUGAGGAUGUUCAAAUGAUUAUAGAAACCAUGGCAUCACAAGGCAAGGAGCCCACAUUUUGUAUGGGUGAUGAUAUUCCUUUGGCUGCACUUUCUCGUAAAUCUCAUAUGAUCUAUGACUAUUUCAAGCAACGAUUUGCACAGGUCACCAAUCCAGCAAUUGAUCCCCUAAGAGAGGGACUGGUCAUGUCUCUUGAGGUCAACCUGGGCAAGCGUGGAAAUAUUUUAGAGGUUGGACCUGAUAAUGCUGCACAGGUUAUCCUGUCAAGUCCUGUACUGAAUGAGGGGGAGCUAGAUUCACUUACAAAAGACUCAAAAUUGAAGCCUCGAGUGUUGCCUAUAUUUUUUGAUAUUGGGAAAGGACUUGAUGGAUCCUUGGAGAAAAUGCUUGUAAGGAUUUGCGAUGCAGCUGAUGAUGCUGUGCGUGGGGGUUCCCAGUUGCUUAUUCUCUCUGAUCGCUCUGAUGAACUGGAGCCAACACGACCCACAAUCCCAAUCCUUCUAGCAGUUGGGGCUGUUCAUCAGCAUUUGAUUCAGAAUGGUUUACGUAUGUCAGCUUCUAUAAUUGCUGAUACUGCUCAGUGCUUCAGUACCCAUCAGUUUGCUUGUCUAAUUGGAUAUGGUGCCAGUGCGGUCUGCCCAUAUUUGGCCUUGGAAACCUGCCGCCAGUGGCGUUUGAGCUCAAAGACUGUGAAUAUGAUGAGAAAUGGGAAGAUGCCUACUGUCACUAUCGAACAGGCCCAAAAUAAUUUUUGCAAGGCUGUGAAGUCAGGCCUGCUAAAGAUACUUUCUAAGAUGGGUAUCUCUCUACUUUCAAGCUACUGUGGGGCACAAAUAUUUGAAAUUUAUGGACUUGGACAGGAAGUUGUGGAUCUUGCUUUUUCUGGAAGUGUUUCCAGUAUUGGCGGACUAACAUUCGAUGAAUUGGCGAGAGAAACUCUAUCUUUUUGGGUCAGGGCUUUUUCGGAGGAUACAGCAAAGAGGCUGGAGAAUUUCGGGUUUAUUAAUUUCCGUCAAGGAGGAGAAUAUCAUGGUAACAACCCUGAGAUGUCAAAGCUGCUCCAUAAAGCUAUUCGCCAGAAAAGUGAAAGUGCUUUUGCAGUUUAUCAACAACAUCUUGCCAACCGACCUGUGAAUGUUCUCCGUGAUCUGCUUGAGUUCAAGAGUGACCGGCCUCCAAUUCCUGUCGGGAAGGUUGAAUCAGCUUCUUCAAUUGUCCAGCGGUUCUGCACUGGUGGGAUGUCACUUGGAGCAAUUAGUAGAGAAACUCACGAAGCAAUUGCAAUUGCCAUGAAUAGAUUGGGUGGGAAAUCAAAUUCCGGGGAAGGUGGUGAGGAUCCAAUUCGUUGGAGUCCUCUCACAGAUGUUGUUGAUGGAUACUCACCAACACUGCCACACCUUAAAGGUCUCCAAAAUGGUGACACUGCAACAAGUGCAAUCAAACAGGUUGCUUCCGGAAGGUUUGGUGUCACUCCAACAUUUUUAGUGAAUGCGGAUCAGUUGGAAAUCAAAAUUGCCCAAGGAGCAAAGCCUGGAGAAGGGGGCCAACUUCCUGGGAAAAAAGUUAGUGCUUACAUAGCACGACUGCGAAAUUCCAAGCCUGGGGUUCCUCUCAUAUCUCCACCUCCACAUCAUGACAUUUACUCUAUUGAAGAUCUGGCCCAAUUGAUCUUUGAUCUGCAUCAGAUCAAUCCAAUGGCUAAGGUCUCUGUGAAACUUGUAGCAGAAGCUGGCAUCGGCACUGUUGCUUCUGGAGUUGCCAAGGGCAACGCUGAUGUAAUACAGAUAUCUGGGCACGAUGGUGGAACUGGAGCAAGCCCUGUAAGUUCCAUCAAGCAUGCUGGUGGCCCUUGGGAACUUGGAUUAACAGAAACUCAUCAGACACUUAUUGAAAAUGGACUUAGGGAGAGGGUAAUUCUCAGAGUUGAUGGAGGAUUCAAGAGUGGAGUAGAUGUUAUAAUGGCUGCAGCAAUGGGUGCAGAUGAGUAUGGGUUUGGUUCUGUGGCUAUGAUUGCUACAGGCUGCAUAAUGGCCCGAAUUUGCCAUACAAAUAACUGUCCUGUUGGUGUUGCUAGUCAGAGAGAAGAGCUACGUGCCCGUUUUCCUGGUGUCCCCGGAGAUCUCGUCAACUUCUUUUUAUAUGUUGCAGAGGAGGUGAGAGGCAUGCUUGCACAACUUGGUUAUGAAAAGUUAGAUGACAUCAUUGGUCGAACGGAUUUGCUUAGACCGAGAAAUAUUUCCUUGAUGAAGACUCAACACCUUGAUCUCAGCUACAUUCUCUCUAAUGUUGGGUUGCCAAAGUUGAGUAGCACCGCAAUCAGAAAUCAGGAUGUUCAUACGAAUGGACCUGUUCUUGAUGACAUUUUGCUCUCAGAUCAAGAGAUUUCUGAUGGGAUCGAAAAUGAAAAGAUUGUAAAUAAAACCAUCAAAAUAUACAAUGUCGAUCGAGCUGUAUGUGGUCGCAUAGCCGGUGUAAUUGCAAAGAAGUAUGGUGACACAGGAUUUGCAGGGCAGCUAAAUAUAACGUUCACAGGGAGUGCAGGGCAAUCAUUCGGUUGCUUUUUGACCCCUGGAAUGAACAUUAGACUUGUGGGUGAAGCCAAUGAUUAUGUGGGAAAGGGUAUGGCUGGUGGUGAGCUUGUGGUUGUUCCUGCUGGAAACACGGGUUUUAGUCCAGAGGAUGCAGCUAUAGUUGGAAAUACUUGCCUAUAUGGAGCAACUGGGGGCCAAGUGUUUGUCAGGGGGAAAGCAGGGGAGCGGUUUGCAGUCCGAAAUUCUUUGGCUCAAGCCGUGGUUGAAGGAACUGGUGACCAUUGCUGCGAGUACAUGACUGGUGGAUGUGUUGUCGUCCUUGGCAAAGUUGGAAGGAAUGUUUCUGCUGGUAUGACUGGAGGUAUAGUCUACAUUCUUGAUGAUGAUGACACCCUUGUGCCAAAGGCAAACAAAGAGAUCGUCAAGAUUCAGAGAGUGGUUGCACCAGCUGGUCAAAUGCAACUGAGGAACCUUAUAGAAGCCCAUGUGGAAAAAACUGGGAGUAAGAAAGGCUCUGCGAUUCUUAAAGAAUGGGACAAAUACUUGCCUUUGUUUUGGCAACUGGUGCCUCCAAGUGAAGAAGAUACCCCUGAAGCCAGCGCAGAAGCCAAUCUUAGCUCCACAGGAGAGGUCACCUUGCAAUCUGCUUGAUCUUUAUUCUUUACAAUAAUUUUUUUUUAAAAGGAGGACAGAUUGUAAUGCAAUCAACAGUUGCCCUGUCAAAUCAAUACAAGGUCAGCUCUCCAUGAUAAUCUGUAAAUAUUACAGAGUUUGGAAACAAGCACUUCACAUCGAAAGUUCCAUUCGAAAUUAUGGUUCAAGAGUCAUGACAAGUCCAACCUAGAAGGCAAUUGGAGCCUUUUAGAGGUGGGUUCAGCCUUCACAGCUCUAUGUAAAGGUAUCCAAGGUCAAAUUGAUGGCAUCUUCUCUAUGUGAUUAAUUGUAGAUAAGGGGAAGUGCCCAGUUUUAGGUUAUAUCCAGGGACCUUGUUUUCUAUUGAUGAUGUCUAUAGUUUGUGCUUUAAAGCUCGUUCACGGUUUUCAAAACCUAUAUUUGUUUCCUGUAAAUUAUUCACUGAUGCUCAAUUCACUCAUGAGUGAAUGGAUACCUAGCGUUAAUAAAAAUUUGGAAGGGAUCUUUGAUCUAA